AUGGUAUUAUAUUCACCACAGCCAGAUCAUAUAGAAUUGGUCUCUUCUCAACCACAAGAUUCAAUUCCAUUGUCCUUUUUGAAGGUAACAGAUACACAUGGGAGUAGAGGAAUCAUGCCCCCAAUGCCAGGUAGAUCCACUUUAUUUUCAUCACCUCCAUCACCUCCAAACUCGCCUGUAGUCAAACAUUGGUCUGGGAAGCUAGUAAACUAUAAGACUAAGGUAUCACCUAGCCUCUUUAAGCUUGAUACUCCAAUUGACAAAACUAACCAGAAGAUUGUUAAAGAAAUAAACGUGUCUUUGAGUUGGGACAAGAGCCAAACCCAAAGGAAAUACAGAUCACAACAUUUAGAGUUUUUGUCCCAGUACAGAAUGUUUAAAGGCGUUUCGACUAGUACCCAUACUGCUCCGAUUACUAGGACAGUUACUAAAAAUAGACGCAUUGCCCAACUGGAUUCGGCAUCAGAUUUUUCAGAAUCCACCAAACCAUCACCUUACAGAACAAGAAGAUUUACUAAGAAGCAUUCAAUAAGUAGGUCUGAUAACGAUUUCCCUAUUUCCACCGAACCAGUAGAGCACAACACUCCUGUCAAGCGUCCUGCAAAGAAAAGACAACAGUCGUCGAAUACAAAUACUCAUCAUUCUGUAAUAAUGAACCUAGCCUCUAGGGACAUAGUUUUAAAAAUCCCACAGUAUAUUCCUAAUGUAUCUUGGAACUUAUUACCGGAUUACUCUCCAUCAUUAGAUACUUUACCUCAAAAUAAUAUCAAUUGUUUGAAGAUUGAAUGGAAAGGCUCGGCAACCGAUCUAACGAAUGAUCCAUUACGCAGUCAAUUACACGAAUCUGAAUUAGUAUUGGCACAGUUGCUAAGAUUACCAUGUGAUCUCUACUUAGAUUCAAAAAGAAGGCUCUUCCUGGAGAAAUACUACAAGGUGAAAAAAGGUUUACCAUUUAGAAGAACCGAUGCUCAAAAAGCGUGUAGGAUAGAUGUGAAUAAGGCUUCAAGACUAUAUACAGCUUUUGAAAAAGUAGGUUGGUUGAAUGAUAGGUAUUUUAUUAAUCAAUAA